AACAAUCCGCUGGUCCUUAUCACGGUGCGAUAAUAAUUAUUCAUUUUCCGUCUACAAUAUUAUACAAACCAUAAAGGGAAAAAGGCGAUUAUUUUAUACUUUUUAUUUAUAUUACUGUUGUCAAAGAUCGGAACGGUAAAAAAAAAAAAAACAGUAAACCGUAUCGUCAUCGUAACCGCGCGUUCAAAUGUGUACGAGACGAUAUCCUGUGCCAGUUGUUUUUGAAACCGCCAACAGUGAUAAACAUAGUAAUAAUAAUUCCGGUUUUCCGUCGAUUUUCCUGACUCUCGAGUUUCCGCGUUAAGUACGUUCGGGUCUUUCGAUCGAACCGCCGUCUACGAGCUUAUGGUUUUACGGGCAGCUUGCACCUUUCCGUCCGACAAAUCUUUUCCAUCACAGAGGAUCGUCACUGUCUCCGCGAUGAACAGGAGAAAACUGAAAUUGGACAUGACACACUCAUCUUCGGAUGGAGAAUCCCGAGAAGUUGAAAAUUAUGUUAAUAAUGUUAAAGAACAAAUUAUGAAUACAACUGAACAUAAUAAUUCUGACUAUGUAUGGCAGGAGUGUUAUGAUGAUGUAUCAGGAUUUAUAUACUAUUGGAAUACCCAAACAAAUAAAGUCACAUGGGAAAAACCUGAACAUUAUGAAACAGCACAUAGUAUUGAAAACCAAGAUGUUUUAAACAAGACAAAAAACUCCAGAAAACGGCUUUCAAGUGAUUCUUUACCUACUCUUGAUCCAAAUUCAUGUAAUAGUUCUAAAAAAUCAAAACUGGAAUCUAAAGUUUUAAGUGCAUUAGUGGCUUAUGGAAGUGAUUCUAGUGAGGAUGAGAAUGAAGAUGAUACGGAUCAAAAAACUACUAUACUUCAAAGGUUGCAACAAAAGGCUGAAAUGUUCAAACAAAAAGAAUUAGCUAAAGUACCUAAAGCUACAUCACCUGGUCCGUGUAAAACAAACGGACAUCCUGAUAUUUUAGAUAUUAUUGACAAAGAAGUACCUCCAGAUUAUUUAGUAGAAAAAUCUAAUACAUCAAAAUCUUCAGAAAAGAAAACUACUGGUGAUAUUUUUGAUAUUUUAAAUAGUGAAGUACCUCCUGAUUAUGCUGAUGACACUUUAAACAAUAAUACUGAAGAAGAAAAUAAAUUAAUUGUUGUUCCAAUGAAUACUAAUACAAAUAGUAAACUGCAUCCGAAAACUUUUAUUAAUGAUUCAAAAUCUAAAUACCAUUCAAGUACUGACGAAAGAAUAAACAUUUCAACUUCAGAUUCUUUUAAAGAAAAUUCAUUGAAAUCUAUUAAUCUAAUUGCUAAUUAUGGCGAAGAAGAUCCUGAAGAUUUAGAUGAUCAAAAAAGUGAAUUAAACGAGAAGUCAUUUUCUUAUGUCCAAGACCCAUGUGCUAAUAUUAAAAUUGGAUUUGGUUAUUCUGUCACUUCCAAUCCUAAAAAUGGAGGUUCUAUAAAUUUUGUUAAAGGCGAGACAAUAAAUGUACAUGACAAUCAUAAUACCAAUAAAAAUAAUGUUUUAACAAAACAUGAAAAAGAUACUAUCAAAAAUUGUGAUAUAAAAAAAACUAAAAAUUAUAUUGAAGAUUUAUCACUGCUGAUCUCAUCAAAAUUACAUUUUCUGUCAGAUUGUGAAAAUAAUGAAAAAUUGUCAUCUGUUCAAGUUAUGACUAUUAAAAUUGAUACUUUAAUGGAGGCGUGGAAAGAUAAUUCUUUGAAUGAUGAAUAUUUCUCUAAGUGGUUGGAUGAAAUGGCUAUCGAGUUAUGUACUUUAGAAGAGUCAGUUGCACCGGACGGAUGGACAUGCCAAUGGGACAAAAUUAACACGCGGUAUUACUAUCAGAAUGAUGUUGAUGGUCGUACCCAAUGGCAAUACCCAACAGAAGAAUCUGAACAUACUCCUUCACCACCUAUGAUAUCUAAUGCAAGUACUCCUCCUCCUCCAAAUAUUUCUGAACAAAAUUCUUGUCACCCUGAACCAGUGGACAUGGAUAUCGAUGAAGAUAACCAUAAAGAAGACACUGAAAUUAUUGUUCCACCAAUCCCUGGGGAUGAACUAUCAUAUGAAUUGAAUUCAUUUUAUGCUGAUCUUGCUCAGUUUGAAUCAAAACCAGUUAUUGAAACAAUGAUUGCAGUUCCAUCACCUGAAAUAGUUGAAACUGCACCAAAUUUAAAAAUCCCUAUUGAUACAUUCAAAAAUACUAAUGAUGAAGAAAAAGAAAUUGUCAAACCAAAGAAGAAAAAAAAGGUUGGAAAAUUGGAUGUGGGUUUAGGAUUAAAACAAAAAUAUGUAUCGUCACUGGUACAAAAAUGGCAACAAAUUCAAAAUGAAAUCAAAUGACGGCUGUUUUAUCAUUCAAUUUUGUUUGUUUUAGAUUAAUUUCUAAAUCUUUAGUCUUACCAAUUCAAUUAUUUAUAAUCUGUUUGUAAAUAUUGUAAUUACUUUCAGAAAUAUACCAUAAAAUAUAUUUUAAAUAAGUUAAAUUUUAAA